UAGCAACAACAACAACAACAACAACAACGACAACAACAACAACAACAACAACAACAACAACAACAACAACAACAACAACAACAACAACGACACCAGAAUGUGUGGAUCGUAGUGCACCAGGACGACCUAGUGAUUGCCCAAGAGCGAAACAUUUAUGCGACAAUCCUUUAUAUUACAAAUUAAUGACGGAACAAUGUCCACUUACGUGCAAUCGUUGCCCGGGUACCAGUUAUAGACCGGUGAUUCCAUGGCAAGGUAUUUCAAAACCGCUAUUUUCACGAGAAUAUAAUAUGUAA